AUGGAGGCGGCGGAGCUGCGCUGCACGGCGGCCGUGGAGCAGCCGCUGCCGGGGGGAUGCGCCCCGCGCCGCCGCCUCAUGCGGGACGCGACCGUGCUGCUGGGCCGCAACGAGCUGCGGCAGCCCGUGCUGCGGGUGGCCGGCGGCAGCGGCGCGGCGGCGACGGUGCUGAGCUUCUCGCUGGCCGGUGACGCCGUGAGGCUCUUCACGCGGUUCGCGGGCGAGGGGCGGGCGGCGGUGCGGGUGGGGCCGGACGGCGCCCAGGUGCUGCUGUCCGACUGCCCCCCGGACGMGCUGCGCCGCUUCCUCCGCCUCCUGCGGGUCAAGCUGGCCGCCGAGUCKCGGGCCGCUCCGCGCCGCCCCCGCCUGCUGGACCGGCCGCCGCCGUCCUUCUCCGUGAUCAGCCCGGUGCAGGAGCGGGACCUGCCGUGCGGCCCCGGCCGCUGCCGCGCCGGCGAAGAGCGGGGGGAGCGGCCAGCAGAGGUGCCCCGCGCCGUGAGGCGGCCCCCGGCGAGGCUCUCGGCGGAGCAGGAGGCGGUGCUGGGCGCCGUGCGGAGCGGGAAGAGCAUCUUCUUCACCGGCUGUGCAGGGACUGGGAAGUCGUUCCUGCUGAAGAAGAUCAUAGGCUCCCUCCCUCCGAACGUCACCUACGCUACAGCCAGCACGGGAGUGGCRGCUUGUCACAUCGGUGGCACUACUCUCCACGCCUUUGCAGGGAUUGGCUCUGGGAAGGCACCGCUGGAACAAUGCAUUCAGCUGGCAGAGAGGCCGGGGGUGCGCCAGCACUGGCUGGCCUGCCAGCACUUAAUUAUUGAUGAAGUCUCAAUGGUGGAUGGCAAGUUCUUUGACAAGCUGGAGGCAGUGGCAAGGACAGUCAGAAAACGGGAUGAGCCUUUUGGAGGAAUUCAGCUGAUUAUCUGUGGGGAUUUCUUACAGCUACCCCCAGUCUGCAAGGGUAAUGAAGAAACCAAGUUCUGCUUCCAGGCAAAAAGCUGGAGGAAAUGCAUCCACAUAAACAUGGAGCUGACUGAAGUGCGGAGGCAGACUGACAAGACCUUUGUCUCUCUCYUGAGUGAAAUCCGUUUAGGCAGGUGCACAGAGGAGGUUACCAGGCAGCUGAUGCAGACAGCUACUCACAGGUCUGAGCGUGAUGGGAUCCUGGCUACACGGCUCUGCACCCAYAAAGAUGAUGUAGAAAUAACCAAUGAGAGACGCUUGCAGCAGCUACCAGGAGAAGAGCACGUGUUUGAGGCUUUGGACAGUGAYCCAAUGCUAGUGAAGUUAAUCGAUGCUCAGUGUCCUGUGGGUGGUAGAGUUGAGCUAAAGGUUGGAGCUCAGGUGAUGUUAGCAAAGAAUCUGGAUGUGUCUCAAGGGCUGGUGAAUGGGGCACGAGGYGUUGUUGUAGGGUUUGAAAGCGAACAGAAGGGGCUGCCUAARGUGAGGUUUCUCUGUGGGGUCACACAGAUCAUAAAAAUGGAGAAAUGGGUCUUCAAAGGACCAUCGGGAGUUCAUCUGAGUCGUCAGCAAUUGCCUUUAAAAUUGGCAUGGGCCAUUUCUAUUCACAAGAGUCAGGGCAUGUCUUUGGACUGUGUGGAAAUCUCCCUGUCUCGUGUCUUUGAAAGUGGACAGGCUUAUGUAGCCCUCUCCCGAGCCCGAAGCCUUGCAGGUCUCCGGGUUCUGGAUUUUGACCCCAAAGUAGUGAGAGCUGAUCCUGCUGUGCUGCAGUUCUACAGACAGCUGAGACGUCAUCAGCUUCUAACACAGGAUUCACUACACAUCCAUUCAGAUGUUAAUGAGAAGGAGAACUGGAAAUGCAACUGAGAACUCUUCUGGUUUCUGUGAGAUGUCAGCACAGACUGCUAAGAUGCAGCAAUCUUGUGGUGURUAUUUGAUAACAAGGUCAAAGGAAAUCUUUUAGAUGCUUGCUUYGUUCAUCUGACUGGAUAUGUGGAAGUAUCUCCAUCUCAUGCCUCUGGAAUUUGGAAGGCUUCUGUAGCCCCUUUCUGAGCCCAGAGCYUUGAGUACUCCUGUACCACAGAUGCAACUCUAGCAAACAAAAUGACUGAACAAGGAUGUGCCUGAGGGGUGUUUCUACAGUUUUAUCCUCUCUGAGGGACCUUCCUACAGUUCUAUCCUGACUGCUAAUUGUUUCAUCCUCUGCACAAACAGACUGAAACUUGUGUGCCUUUCCUCAAGUAUACUACAUUUGAGAGAUGGAAAGUGUGUGUCCCCUUUGCACGCAUGGAUUGUUCACAGGAACUGCUGACACAAGGGAAAGCAGUGUUAAAUAUCUGGAAAACUCAAUUGUCCUGCAAGAGGAGCUGCCAGGAGCUGAGCUAUCCCUUUACAGCAUAUUGGGGAUAUGAUGUGUUCUUGCUGCCUGACACCAGGAGGCUCUGCAUAAUUUCUUCCAUAAGCAGAACUAUCAGAGUUGCACAUUGCCUGUUAUGCUGAUACAUUGCCUUUUAAUUAGUCUGUUGCAUACAAUAAGAUGUGAUUUUUUUUUUUUUUUUUUAACCUUUUGAGGUGAGCUGGCACUGUUUAAAAAUAGGAGGAAGCCCCACAUCUUGUACCCAUAAUUAUGGAACUAUAAGACCUGUGAAGAUUCAUUACCCCAUGAGCAAGAAAGGGGUGAGAGGAGAUGGGUGCUGAUGGAGACCCCUGCUUUUGUUUAAAUACAUGAGACUCCUGUUCAGAUGAGAGUUUCUCCUGGAAAAAAUAUGUCUGACUAAUAAGGUAGAACCUGAAUGUGCAAUAGAGAAUAAUAGUUAAGGACAUGUGAGGUGAGCUGUAACUUCCCUUGUUUCAGCAAAAGCAGAGAUGAGCAGAACUAAUAUAUUGUCUUCUUAAUAAAGGAGAAGCUUUGGUCUUUGUAUUUUAGCACUUUGCCUAAAGCUAAAGAAACUUGUGUAUUUUAAAAUGUUUUACAUAUGGGAAUAAUAUGAAAUAGCAUCCAGCUGGAAGUUGUCUCUUGCAGGGGAAUGUAUCUAAAAAAGCCUCUGCAGUGUAAGCAAGUURAAGGCCAUUUCUUGGCAGCUGCUCUCCUUAAAGCCAGGAAAGGAUGUUGACUAGCCAGUGGUUAACAUAACAGAAAACAGAUUUUGAUAAGAUUUAAAAAUGUAUUUUUUAACUGUAUUGGGGGUUUGG